GAAGAAGCGGAUCGGGAAGCGGAGGAGGAGGAGCCAUGGCCGCCCUGGCCCAGCUGCCGCGCAGGGUGGGAGACGACCCUGGCCGGCUGCUGCUACUGCUGCUGCUGGGCCUGAUCCUGGCUCGGCUGGCCUCCGGAGCGCUGGAGGAAGAGAUCGUGUCGGAGGCGGCGGCCGAAGCCAGCCACCGGCAGGACAGCGCCAACCUGCUGAUCUUCAUCCUCCUCCUCACCCUCACCAUCCUCACCAUCUGGCUCUUCAAGCACCGCCGGGCGCGCUUCCUCCACGAGACCGGCCUGGCCAUGAUCUACGGUGUCCUGGCAGGUGCCGUCCUUCGCUACGGCAUCCACAUCCCCAGCGAUAUCAACAACGUGACCUUAAGCUGCCCAGUGGAAACCAGUCCGGCGACUCUGUUGGUCAACCUCAGCGGGAAGUUCUACGAAUAUACCCUGAAAGGGGAAAUCAGUUCCCACGAGCCUAAUAAUGUCCAGGACAACGAGAUGCUCAGAAAGGUGACAUUCGAUCCGGAAGUAUUCUUCAACAUCCUGCUCCCUCCGAUUAUAUUUUAUGCAGGAUACAGCUUGAAAAGGCGGCAUUUCUUUCGAAACCUGGGAUCGAUCCUGGCCUACGCUUUCCUCGGAACGGCCAUUUCCUGCUUGGUGAUAGGGUCGAUCAUGUAUGGCUGUGUUUCUCUGAUGAAGGUGAUGGGACAACUCGGAGGAGAUUUCUACUUUACCGACUGCCUCUUGUUCGGCGCCAUUGCCUCCGCUACGGAUCCAGUGACGGUACUUGCCAUUUUCCACGAGCUUCAGGUGGAUGUCGAGCUGUACGCCCUUCUUUUUGGCGAAAGUGUCCUCAAUGAUGCAGUUGCCAUCGUCCUGUCUUCCUCGAUCGUCGCCUACCAACCAGCAGGAGACAACAGCCACACUUUUGAUUUGACAGCGAUGUUCAAGUCCAUUGGGAUUUUCCUGGGGAUCUUCAGCGGAUCGUUCGCCAUGGGAGCGGCAACCGGAGUGGUGACGGCGUUUGUCACCAAAUUCACCAAACUCCGCGAGUUCCAGCUGCUGGAAACGGGCCUGUUUUUCCUGAUGUCUUGGAGCACCUUUCUCUUGGCCGAAGCUUGUGGCUUUACAGGUGUUGUAGCUGUGUUGUUUUGCGGCAUCACUCAGGCGCAUUAUACUUAUAACAACUUGUCCGCUGAGUCCCAGGACAGAACUAAACAGUUGUUUGAGCUCCUCAAUUUCUUGGCUGAAAACUUCAUCUUCUCCUACAUGGGCCUUACGCUGUUCACCUUCCAGAAUCAUGUGUUCAAUCCAACUUUUGUCGUGGGAGCUUUCCUGGCUGUGUUCCUAGGGAGAGCUGCAAACAUCUACCCUCUCUCUUUCCUACUGAAUUUGGGGAGAAGAAACAAGAUCGGGACAAAUUUCCAACACAUGAUGAUGUUUGCUGGCCUCCGUGGAGCCAUGGCUUUUGCGCUGGCCAUUCGGGACACAGCCACCUACGCGCGACAGAUGAUGUUCAGCACAACGCUUCUCAUCGUCUUCUUCACCGUCUGGGUGUUCGGCGGCGGCACGACUCCUAUGCUGUCGUGCCUUCAUAUCAGGGUUGGUGUGGACGCUGAUCAAGAGAACAUGGGAGUGCCGGAAAAUGAAAGGAGAAAUACGAAAGCAGAGAGCGCUUGGCUAUUCCGGCUGUGGUACAACUUUGACCAUAAUUACCUGAAGCCCCUCCUGACACACAGUGGUCCUCCUCUAACAGCGACGCUCCCAAGCUGCUGCGGUCCCAUUGCCAGGUGCCUGACCAGCCCUCAGGCUUAUGAGAAUCAAGAGCAGCUGAAAGACGACGAUUCGGACCUGAUUCUGAACGACGGAGACAUCAGCUUGACCUACGGGGAUUUGACCACGAACACCGAUUCUUUGACAUCCGGCACAUCUCGACGGGUGGCGGGAAACGGCUCCGAGGACCCCCUGGAUGGGGAGCUCGGCUUUGGGGACCACGAACUUGUCAUAAGGGGCACACGUAUCGUUCUCCCCAUGGAUGAUUCAGAGCCCCCCUCAAAUGUAGUCGACAAUGCCCGACAUGGCCCGGCAUGAGAUCUGGUGGUAACGAGGCGAUCAAUAAUAAUAAUAAUUUUAAAAAUCCACGUACGAUCAGGAAGAAAAAUGUACUACCUACGACAACAAAAAACUACUGCAUGUCUCAGAAUGUCGAAGCUGUAUAAAUAUUACUUAUUUAUAUGGUGUUAGGAAAAUAUAACUACUCAUAGGGGACAAGUUGCGAAGAGCAACUUCUUAAGUUUCACAAGUUAAACACUGUGUAGCAGUGGAGCUGUUUUAGAACAAAUUUCCGUCUUGGGGGUCGGGACCGCGGCCACGAUCUUCCCUCCCAACUUUGUGUCAAAUGGUGUGCCUUUUCUUUUGCAAUUUCCCCAUCACUUACCCAGGAGUAGGAAGGAGGCAGCGACGGCGGCAACAUCUCGGGUCGCGUUUUGCCGCGUCCAUCUCGCGUGGCGAGGAGGUGGUUUUGGCAGCUGUGGAGACUUGAAAUUUCCUCUCUGUAGCACUGCUCUAGGAUUUGUUAGCGCUGUUAAAAACAACCCCCGUGUCGCAAAUUAAAGUCAAAAUGCUGAGGAAAGGAGGCAACCCGUCGACCAGUUCUUGGGCAAAAUAGAACUGUUUUAAUCUGUAGUUACUUUAAACCUGCCUUGGUGGACUAGGGAGUGACCUGUGGGGUUAUUGUAUACUAGUAUCGUGAAGCCCGUUAAAUUAACGGGUGCUAGAACAUGCAAUUCCCCCCGCCCAUUCCCUCUCUCUCUCUCCCCCUCCCUUCUUUUCUCCACCCACACGUGCCAGGACUCUCCUGGGCUCCUCCGUCGCUGCUCCACCUCUUCCUCCUCCGCUGCCGCGGUCCAUGCCUAGGCAGGGGAGGGGGGAAGGUAGGGGCGGCCAGGGCCCUCUUUCCUUCCUGCCCUCCCCCUGGGCUCGAGCCUGCUUUUGCGAAGGGUUAGCAGGGAAGAAUGAGCAGCAUCCCUCCGCUGCCACCGGCUUCUUGCUGAACGUGGCGGAGGCGCGGGGUAGCGAAGGAGAUGCUUCACGGAGCAGGGAAAGAGGGGCUUCCCUGCUCCCUUGUCAAACAUCUCCUCCCCCCCGGCUGCUCUUCCUCCCCCCCCCAUGCGCUGCCCCUGCUUCUGUCUGCCUCUGACCCUGCACCGCGAGGGAAACGGUAGGCAGAGGGGUGGGGGAGAGAGAGAGAGUGUGUGUGUGUGCGACGCCCGCUUGCUGCUGGUCGUGGGCGGGGGAGCGUAGGAGAGAAAAAAGGGGGGGAAGCAGCCUCCUUCUCACCUUUCCCAACCAACCCAGAGCUGAGGCCACCUCACGGCGGGUGGGGGGAGGGGUGGGGAACGGCGGCGGCGGGGACACGAACGCCCCGGCGGCAGCGGGGAACGCGCGCUCGCGUCUCAAUCCCUCACGGUCCCUUUCCCUCUUCCCCUCGCGCCAUUAGUCGGGAGGACAGGCACGGAACGGCGGUUUGGAGGGGAAGCCGUUGAGGGAGAGAGAACCGCAUUCCGGCUCUGUGUGCGUCCAGUCUCUGCGUCCAAUCCCCGUGUCCGUGGGGCACAUGCGCAGUAGCGCGGACACAGGGACACAGGGAAUCUGGACGCAGAGACACUUGCACUUUAUUAUAUAGGAUUCAGCUCUUUAUUCCUUGCGCCAGGCAGCAGGGGUUGCGUAUGAGUAUGAAUUAUCAUUAUUAAUAAAUUAUUAUUAUUAUUAUUAUUAUUAUUAUUAUUAUUAUUAUUAUUAUUAUUAUUACCCCUGUUCCGCAGAGUACACGCAAGUACUCGGUACGUUGUGUUUUUGUUCUAUUGUUGUCUCUUCCUGUAUUUUUGCAUUGUGGAAAUAAUAUGGACUGUAUCCAUUCGUGUCCAUGCCGGCUAUUGACCUGAGUAUAAGGUAUGAUUUAAUAGCAUGCAUGACAUGAUUAUUGACUUGUAUUUAUUUGAUUUAUUUUAGUUAUAAAACGGAAGAAGCAUGAACCAAAACAGACGAUGACCCUGGAUCACUGUCUGGUUUAUGGUUAACUACAGAUUAAAACAAAAUAAAAAAAAUUCCUUCAGUAG